GCCGCGGGUGUCCUCGCCUCUCCGCGCCCUGCACCGCACCGCACCGCCGGGCAUCAGUUCUUUGGAUUUGAUCCUUGAACAUUAAACAUCAUGAGCAACUACAGCGUGUCUUUGGUUGGCCCGGCUCCUUGGGGUUUCAGACUUCAAGGGGGCAAGGAUUUCAACAUGCCUCUGUCUAUCUCUCGGCUUAACGACGGUGGUAAAGCAGCCCGAGCACACGUGGGGAUAGGUGAUGUGGUUCUCACCAUUGAUGGGAUAAGCACGGACGGGAUGACUCAUCUAGAAGCACAAAACAAGAUCAAGGCAUGUACAGGCAACUUGAACAUGACUCUGCAAAGAGUGGCUUCUAUACCAAAACCUGAUCUUGUUCAUGUGCCAAAGGGAGAACCUACAGAAGUAGUUAAGCCUGUGCCCAUUGCCUCUGCUGUUGCACCCAAAGUCACUGCCACGGCGAGCGUGGCUUACAAUAAGACACCGAGGCCGUUUGGAGCCCUAACCACCUCCAAAGUCACCUCCAUCCCAUCACCGUCCUCCGCCUUCACCCCGGCCCAGGCGGCGGCCCCGGCCCCCGCGGCUGCCGCCCCAGCCCCGUUCGCUGCGCCUGGACUGCAUGUUAACGCCAAGCCUAACGCUGAGCAGCGGCCGCCCGCGCCGAGCGCUGCUAAACCUGCAGUUAAUGUCCCAUGGCAGCCCGCCGCGCACAAUGCCACCCCGAGCGCCUCUGCCGGCGACGGCGCCCAGGAUGUAGCCGAGGGGCCGCGACGAGGAUUCAGAGAGAACCAGGGGGAGAGUAAACAGCAAAAUGGUCCCCCGCGGAAGCACAUUGUGGAUACCUAUACAGAGUUUUACCAUACACCCACCCACAGCGAUGCCAGCAAGAAGCGACUGAUUGAAGACACCGAAGACUGGCAUCCCCGGACAGGCACCACCCAGUCCCGCUCUUUCCGCAUCCUUGCCCAAAUCACCGGCACCGAUCAUAUGAAAGAACCAGAACAUGAAGCUGCAAAGAAGACUAAGAAAAGCCAAACAGAAAAUGGAGACUCCAGCAUACCUGCAGAUCUGCCUGAUGGAGCAGGAGCCCAGGAUACCUGUAUUAAUCUGAAUAAAAACUCCGUAGCUACCCAGACUUUGGAGAUGCCACCUGUACCAGAAUUUCCAUCCACACCUUUACCACCUAUGAGUGAAAAUGGUGCUAGACCAGAACCUGCAGCCGCUCUUUUGCCGAUAGCAGAGUCUUCCCCUGGCAGUGUCCCCUCUCCCAGAGUUUCUGAACACAGUGCCGCAGCAGCUUCUGGGAGGAAAAGACCCACGGCGUUGCCCGCUCCAGAUGCGGCAAGCUUUGUGACAGCUGAUAAAGCGCCUCCUCUCCCCGCGAAGCGCGCUGGGGCCGCGCAGACCUCCGAGCUGCCCCUGCCCACCGCCGCAGCCCGGCCACUGCCUUCCGCAGCCCCGCCGGUGGAGACGGCCCUCGGGCUGCCUCCCGCUCCUGCCAGGCAUGAAGAAUCUCUCCCUACUUGCGAAACAAAUUAUUUCAGUAAAAUCUCAAGCUAUCAGUCUAAAUCAUCUGUAAGUCAUACAAGCUUCUGUGCUAGAAAAGUACUGCUGGAAAAUCCUUUGGGAAGUCUGCCCAAGUUUGGACCUGCUCCUCUUCCCGUUCUUUCUCCUUUCAAGCAGAGAUCAAAAAUUAAGAGCAUGGCCGCUGCUGCCGUGUCUGCUGCUGUUGCUGUCCGGGCCAGACUCUCCGAACCUAGUGUCUACCGCUCGCUCUUGGAUGCCCUGCUCAUCUCGCCUGUUGCUAAGCCACCUCUGCAGGCCAUCGGGCCCUCCAGGAAGUCCACAAGUGCUCUGGAGUUGCAAAAGAGCAAGAGUGAUUCCCUGGAGGCUACCCAGCCCGCCGCUUUUACGGCCACCUCGGCGAGGAGCAUGCCCGCCCGCCAAGAAAACGCCGACGUGAGACCCGCUCCCACCAGUACCGCGUCUGCUGCAGCCCUCAAGCCAGCGGGACCCCCGGCUGCUGCCAAGUACUCGGGCUGGCAGCCUGCAAACCAAGCAGCUCCUGCCAGUGGAUGGACAUCUAACAGUAUUAAACCACCUGGAACAACCGCCCCGAGUGAAAAAUUUGUGACAGCGCCUCAGCUGAAUGAGCAAGACACGUUGGUUCAGAGGGCAGAGCAUAUUCCUGCGGGAAAGCGUACUCCCAUGUGUGCGCACUGUAAUCAAGUCAUUAGAGGACCCUUCUUGGUGGCUUUGGGGAAGUCGUGGCAUCCAGAGGAGUUUAAUUGUGCUCAUUGCAAAACCUCCAUGGCUUACAUUGGAUUUGUGGAAGAGAAAGGGGCGUUGUAUUGCGAGGUCUGCUAUGAGAAGUUCUUUGCCCCUGAGUGUUCGAAGUGCCAGAGGAAGAUCCUUGGGGAAGUAAUAAAUGCUUUGAAACAAACUUGGCACGUUUCCUGCUUCGUGUGUGUGGCCUGUCAUAACCCCAUCCGCAAUAAUGUCUUCCACUUAGAAGACGGAGAUCCCUACUGUGAGACGGAUUACUAUGCCCUCUUUGGUACUAUGUGCCAUGGCUGUGAAUUCCCCAUUGAAGCUGGAGACAGGUUUCUUGAAGCCUUGGGCCACACUUGGCAUGACACUUGCUUUGUAUGCUCAGUAUGUAGUGACAGUUUGGAGGGUCAGACUUUCUUCUCCAAGAAGGACAAACCACUGUGCAAGAAACACGCUCACUCUAUCAACAUCUGAUGCUUGGAGCUCAUCUUGUAUAACAAAUGUACUGAGCAGAAAAAAAGGUUAAAAUGUCCAUGUUCAAUAAUUGGUUAAAAUUAUUUCUGUAUUAUUUUCUAAAAAUGGAAGAGAAAUGUGGAAACAUGCAAGUGGGGGGGUUGUACACUAAUUUUUAGAGCGUUUAUCAGUUCGGGUUUUGCUUCAUAAAAAGAUAGGAAUCGGGAAUUGCACCCAAGCCAAAUGAUUAGAGUGCCUUUACCUCUAUACGUGGCACGUUACUGUAUUGGUUUCAUGAUUUUAUGGCCACAUUUAUAUCUGCUGCAGUAUGAGAGGUGAAAUGUCUAUAAAAAUAAAUGUUAGAAGUCUUGGUUUUGCUGCUAUUCAACAAAUAAAAGGAGAUUGGCUUCAGCGAUCCAGAUCACUUUAUUGCGCUGAUGUUUUUUAAAGUGUGUCUAGAAGUAUUGCAGCUAAACUCCAUUGAAGAGGAACUCAAAGGAAAGAUAAGAUUACACAGAAUAUAUAGUUCAACAACUGAUAUUUUUAUCUGAUACUUAUACACGUGAAGCCUCCUGCACAAUGACAUGCACAUGGGCCUUUGGCAGUUAAAUCUCUGAUGGGUCUGCAAAGGACAGGGGUUUUUACAAAGCAGUUGAGUGGGGUGGCAGCUAUGCUGGUGAACAAGAACAGUUUAAGAAGACGUAAAUGGGAUAUUCUUCCUUAACUCAUGUACUACCAGAACACUAGCCAAAAAAACCUGCUAGUGAAGGUGUGCUCAAUAGGAUGGAAAUGUCAGAUCAGAUCUUAAAAAUAAGGGAGCAGAGAGUUACACUCUUAGAUUUGCAGUUCAGGUUUUAGAUAGUUUUAAGUGCCUUGGAAAGGGGAAAUUGCACUGGAUCUGCAGGUAACAGUGUUUUAUAUCCAGAAUGUGAGACUCUGGUGUUGAAUGAGGGAAACUGCUGAAAUGCAACUGAGGACAUUGUUUUUCUCUCAGUACAUUCUUUACCAUGUAGCUCGUGAAUAUGUAUGUUGGUGGUGUGCCAGGUAGUGUACCAAAAACUUAUUAUCUUGCUCAGCUGUUAUGAUUUUUAUUAGUUUAGGUUUUAUUUCUCUCUUUUCCUCCAGAUGUAAGGAAUAUAUUGUUGAAUAAUAUAAUAUUAGAGUUAGGCAGCUCAUUAUCUCUCAGUUCUUUUGCAAGGGAGCAGAGAGACAAUGCUGUCAUGACACAUUUACUGCGAGCCAGGAGAUGUAGCCAAUUCUGUGGCUUGAUAAGAUUUUUUCCUCCAUACAGAGUCAGCGCAAGACCUGUGCACCAGCUAAGUCACACUUAACUUCAAAUUAGGGCUUAAGUGGUACGGAGCAAUUGUAGGCAGAUAGGGAAGAGGUGGUGACCCUCUGCACAGGGUGAAUUUCACUCCAACGGAGUUGCACAAGAGAGAAGGGGGCUCUCUCGGGGCCAGGUCGGAUUCCUGAAGGAAACUGAAUUUACAUGCUAUUUAAUUCAAGUGGGGUGUCAGAGCUGAAUUGUUAGUCUUCAGUGCUCUUUCCAAUAGAUGUUAAAAGUAACCAUUUACUGGUUUUGUUGGUAUUUGUUUUUUUGUUUUUUUAACUGAUACAAAGGACAGGUUUAUCCAUAAAACCAUGGGGAAAAUCACAAAAAAUUGCCAUGGUUGAGUAAAGCAAUUGUAACAAAGAAUGUCAACAAAAGAGAGGAGAAAGAGAACCAAAAUUGCUGUACUGAAAUACGAAAAUAUAUUUGGCUUACUUCUUAAUUCAGCGAGACAGGUUCAUGUUGUGAGCUGUUUCACUUUAUUUCCUGAAGUUGUUUUUCUUCAAUACUACCACAUUUCUUUUUUUAAUUUCUGGUGGUACGGAAGAAAUGGCAUAAAGCUGUUUAAAAUGUUUACGCUCUUGUAGAUGUACCCUUUUGUGAGUUUGACUGAAAAUCAGAAGGGUAGAAGCAGACUGGACAAGCUACGGCAACAUAUGAGCCAGGAUGCUUUUGAAAUUAGGUUGAAUAUGGAGAAAUGAGACCUACAGACUAGGUUUCAGUGGAGCUAUAUUGCACAUACGUGAGGAAAGAGAAUGGGAAUGCACAGGAUAAGGUGUUCAGUAAUUUCUGCAAUUCAAACCUUGCUAUUUUGAAGUAGGAUAGAAACCUUUCAGUUUGUCAGUGUCCUUAAUAUCAAAUGGAAUUUUGUUUAGUUUUGUAAUUUUAAUUGGAAUUGUAUUUUUUAAUCCAUAUGCUCUAGGGUUUGAAAUUUUGCAGUCAUUAAUGAAUUUGAGGACAAAAGCCUGGAAGGCUCCAAUAGUACUGCUUCAUUUAGCUGCUUUGCCUUUUAAUUUCUGCUUUUAUCUAUUUGUUUAAAAGGAAGCAUAGAGUCACUGAUACAUAAUGAAUAUUUAAUGGCUCUACCAAAUUAUAUAAAUCAACUAAAAGGAACAUAAUUUUUAUCGUUAUUUUAAUAAGUGAGAUUUUAGUAGAGCACUUUAUAAUAAUGCCGUAUAUCUCACUGAAUAUUUAUUACCUUUUUUGUUUAGGACUAUUUCAUACUGGUAUCUUUGUAUUUUGUUUUAUUUGUAAGCCUGCAUAUUUACCUCUAGAAUCUUUUGGUGUGUGAGUGUGUGUAUGUAUUUAUAUAUACCUCUCUAUACAUGCACACAUAUGCGUGUACGUUGAGAGACACACGUAUAUAUGCACAUAUACAUACGUAUAUUUGACUGCAGACUUGACAUAGCAAAAAUCACACUGUUCCAUCACCAUUCGGGGAUUUCAUGAGAUUCCCAAUUAUUUUUCAUACAACACAGGUAUAGCAUUCAUGUUUUGAGGGAAUGUUAGAAAGUCAGAAGAGACAUGUUAGUAACCUAACUACUGUAGUUUUUUGCAUGCUUUUUCAGUCAGUAAUUAUUUUUCUUCCAAAACUGUGCCUGUAAGAGAAGCGGGUUUAAGUCUGAAGGUAGAAGGUCUUCAUAAGUGAAUAACUGAAUCAUGAUGACGGUUUCAGUAUAUUGUAACUAAAUAAUUCAGAAUUAUGUGUAAAUAUAAAUGCUUAAUAUAACAAUGCAAUAAACUUAAAAGCAGAAGUUGA